UCCAUCAUCCCUCCCUUCCUCUAUCCAUCCAUCAUCCCUCCCUCUAUCCAUCCAUCAUCCCUCCCUUCCUCUAUCCAUCCCUCCCUGCCUGCCUCCCUCUAUCCAUCCUUCUAUCUAUUUAUAUGUAUAUACAGUAGUGCUAAAGGAAGCAGGCAUCUAUUUAAUUAAUUUCUUCUCUCCAUAAUAUUUCAUGAUUUAAUAUGCUACAGUAAUGACCUUUGUCCCUCUCCCAAGGGUCAUGAAAUGGCUACAGGUCUCUCCAAAGUGGGCAUUGAGACCACUGUAAUAGCAGAUGCUGCCAUAUUUGCAGUGAUGUCCCGAGUGAAUAAGGUCAUCAUCGGCACACAGACGGUUCUGGCCAAUGGCGGGCUCCGGGCGGUCAACGGAACCCACUCUGUAGCUCUAGCAGCCAGACACCACUCUACUCCGCUCAUCAUCUGUGCUCCCAUGUUCAAGCUCUCGCCUCAGUUUCCCAAUGAAGAGGACACAUUCCAUACGUUUGUCUCCCCACACGAGGUGCUUCCCUUCACAGCAGGAGAGAUUCUGAUCUCUUGUCUGUUUGUCUCUGUAGGAGAGAUUCUGAUCUCUUGUCUGUUUGUCUCUGUAGGAGAGAUUCUGAUCUCUGUAGGAGAGAUUCUGAUCUCUUGUCUGUUUAUCUCUGUAGGAGAGAUUCUGAUCUCUGUAGGAGAGAUUCUGAUCUCUUGUCUGUUUAUCUCUGUAGGAGAGAUUCUGAUCUCUGUAGGAGAGAUUCUGAUCUCUUAUCUGUUUAUCUCU